AUGAUGGAAUCCCCAUGCCAGUCGAAUUCUUCUUGUCAUCUGAUCCUGCUUCUGUUAUCCAGCACACUAAAAAAGUCUUGUUCUUGGAAGAUGAUGACAUUGCUCAUAUCUACGACGGAGAACUCCACAUCCAUAGGGUCAAAAAGUCCGCUGGUGAAUCCACCACCAGACAAAUCCAAACCUUGGAAAAUGGAGCUUAAUGAAAUCAUGAAAGGUCCUUACAAACACUUUAUGCAAAAGGAAAUCUUCGAGCAACCAGAUUCGACCUUUAACACCAUGAGAGGUAGAAUCGAUUUUGAAAACAACAGGAUCAAUUUGGGUGGUUUAAAAUCAUACCUCUCCACCAUUCGUAGAUGCAGAAGAAUCAUUAUGAUUGCCUGUGGAACUUCAUACCAUUCGUGUUUAGCCACGCGAGCGAUUUUCGAAGAACUCACCGAAAUACCCGUGUCUGUCGAAUUGGCUUCUGACUUUUUGGAUAGACGUUCUCCCGUGUUUAGAGACGACACUUGUGUGUUCGUUUCUCAAUCCGGAGAGACCGCCGACUCAAUUUUGGCCUUGCAAUACUGCUUGGAGCGUGGAGCCUUGACGGUGGGUAUUGUGAACUCUGUUGGUUCCACUUUGUCUAGACUGACUCACUGUGGUGUCCAUAUCAAUGCUGGACCCGAGAUUGGUGUGGCCUCAACUAAAGCAUACACUUCGCAGUACAUUGCUCUUGUGAUGUUUGCUUUGUCGUUGUCUAAUGACUCCAUUUCUAGGCAAGAGCGUCAUAAGGAAAUUAUUCAAGGGUUGCAAAAGAUUCCCGAGCAAAUCAAGAAGGUAUUAUUGUUGGAAGACAAGAUAAAGAAGUUGUGUGACGAAUCUUUGAACGACCAAAAAUCGUUGCUUUUGUUGGGUAGAGGAUACCAACAUGCAACAGCAUUAGAAGGAGCGUUAAAGAUCAAGGAAAUCUCGUACAUGCACUCAGAGGGUGUGUUGGCAGGAGAGUUGAAGCACGGUGUGUUGGCAUUGGUGGAUGACAAGCUUCCUAUAAUUGCAUUUGCAACCCGUGAUUCGCUCUUCCCUAAGGUUAUGUCUGCUAUUGAGCAGGUUACUGCCAGAGAUGGUCGUCCUAUCGUUGUGUGUAAUGAAGGCGACGAUGUUGCCGGCAAUAAGGCUUAUGCCACAUUACAUGUUCCAUUGACUGUGGACUGUUUGCAGGGCUUGUUGAACGUGAUUCCUUUGCAAUUAAUGAGUUACUGGUUGGCUGUCAACCGUGGAAUCGAUGUUGAUUUCCCCCGUAACUUGGCAAAGUCAGUUACCGUCGAGUGA